GGCUGUGCUCUCUCUCGGGGUCGCUGCUGGGGCGGUACCGGGUGGGCCGGGGUGCGGCCGGGGGCGCCCGGGGGGGGCCCCGUGCUGGUCUCGGUGGGGCUGGAGCUGGCGCAGCUCGUGGGGCUGGAUGAGAAGAACGAGGAGAUGACGACGAAAGUUUACCUGAACCUGAGCUGGCGCGACCCCGGCUCUCCUGGGACCCCCGGCAGCACGGGGGGGGUGGCGGCGCUGCGGCUGCCGGCCCAGCACAUCUGGCUGCCAGAUGUGGGGCUGGACAACAACAACGACGGCGAGUUCGGGGUGUCCCUGGGGGUCCGGGCCAUCGUCAGCCCCGACGGCGCCGUCACCUGGAGACCCCCGGCGCUCUUCCGCAGCCGCUGCCCCCAUCCGGGGUUUUUUUCCUCUGGAAACCCGGGAUUUUUCGGUGCCGAUUUUGGGCUGAAUUCCGGGGAUUUUGGGCCGCAGGUGUCGCACUUCCCGUUCGACUGGCAGAACUGCUCGCUGAAUUUCCGCUCGGGCUCCUACGGCCCCGGCGAGCUGCGGCUGCAGCCGGGGGGCCCGGCCGGGCCCGGGGGGCCGCAGGUGGCGCUGCCCCCCGACUUCCAGGAGAACGGGCAGUGGUCCCUGGUCCAUCGCUCGGGGGGCACCUGGGGCCCCCCGGCCUCACCUGAGGGCGUCUCCUUCCACCUGGUGCUGCGGCGGAAGCCGCUCUUCUACCUGGCCACGGUGCUGGUGCCCUGUGUGCUGACCACGCUGCUGGCCGUCGGCGUCUUCCACCUGCCCCCCGACGCAGGUGAGAAGAUGUCGCUGUCGCUGUUCGCCCUGCUCACCCUGACCGUGUUCCUGCUGCUGCUGGCCGACAAGGUGCCGGCCACGUCCCUGCAGGUGCCGCUCAUCGGCCGUUACCUGACGGGGACGCUGGUGCUGCUGGCGCUGGUGGUGGCGCUCAGCGUGGGCGUGCUCAACCUGCACCACCGCUCGCCCGGCACGCACGGCAUGCCCGCCUGGGCACGGCAGGUGUUCCUGCAGCGCCUCCCGCCCCUGCUGGGCCUCCGCCCCUCCCCCCCCCUCCGACCCCGCCCCUCCCCGCCCCUCCCCCCUCCUGGCCCCGCCCCCCCGCGCCUCUGACGCCUAUUUCUUGCGCCGCCCCUCCCCCCCCCGGCCCCUCCCCCCGCGCGGCGGCCCCGAAACCGCCGGGAAUUGGCCCCAAAAUUGGCCCCGGAGCUGCGCGAGGCCGCGGCCGCCGCCGCCGCCAUCGCGGGGAGGCUGCGGGAGAGGGAGCGCGGCCGGCAGGCUCAGGACGAGUGGCGGGCGCUGCCCCUGGCCCUGCCCCAGCUCUGCCUCUUUCCCCAUUUCAUCCCUUUUUUUCCCCAUUUUUAACCCAAUUUUCCCCAUUUUUUUUGCUUUUUUCCCCAUUUUAUCUCCUUUUUUCCCUUUUCCCCCCAUUUUAUCCCAUUUUUUCAUAUUUUCCUCCCCAUUUUCUCCCUUUAAUCCCAUUUUUCCCCUGAUUUUCCCCAUUUUUCACCAGUUUUCCCCCAUUUUUUACCCGAUUUUCCCCAUUUUUUUUUACGUUUUUCCCCAUUUUUUUUGCGUUUUUCCCGAUUUCGCUGUUUUUCGCCCCAUUUCCAGGCGCAGGGACGAGUGGCGGGCGCUGGCCAUGGCCGUGGACCGGCUCUGCCUGUGGGCGCUGCUGCUGCUCACGGGGGGCUGCGCGCUGGGCACGGGGCUGGACGCGGCGCUGCACCGGCCCCCCGAGACCCCCUUCCCCUGACCCAAAACACCCCGAAAUCACCCCAAAAGUACACCCAAAAUACCCCUGAAAAUAUCCUGAAAUUAUCAUAAAAAUAUCCUGAAAUUAUCAUAAAAAUAUCCUGAAAUUAUCACGAAAAUAUCCUGAAAAUAUCAUAAAAAUAUCUUGAAAAUUUCAUAAAAAUAUCCCCCCCCCAAAAAAAAAAAAAAUCCCCGAAAAUAUCCCCAAAAAUAUCCUGAAAAUAUCUCAAAAAUAUCCCCAAAAUUAUCACCAAAAAUAUCACAAAAAUAUCCCCAAAAUAUCCUGAAAAUAUCUCAAAAAUAUCCCCAAAAUUAUCACCAAAAAUAUCACAAAAAUAUCCCCAAAAUAUCCUGAAAAUAUCUCAAAAAUAUCCCCAAAAUUAUCACCAAAAAUAUCACAAAAAUAUCCCGAAAAUAUCCAAAAAAUAUUCUGAAAAUAUCCCAAAAAUAUACCGAAAAAUAUCGCAAAAAUAAACCCAAAAAAUUCCCAAAAAAAAAAAAAAAUAUCCCCAAAAAUACCCCAAAAUUAUCCCUUAAAUAUCCUCAAAAUAUCCUGAAAUUAUCACAAAAAUAUCCUGAAAAUAUCAUAAAAAUAUCUUGAAAAUUUCAAUAAAAAUAUCCCCCCCCCCAAAAAAAAACAAAACCCCAAAAAUAUCCCAAAAAUAUCCCCAAAAUAUCCUGAAAAUAUCUCAAAAAUAUCCCCAAAAUAUCCUGAAAAUAUCUCAAAAAUAUCCCCAAAAUGAUCACCAAAAAUAUCACAAAAAUAUCCCCAAAAUAUCCUGAAAAUAUUCUGAAAAUAUUCCUAAAUUAUCCCCAAAAAUAUCCCGAAAAUAUCCAAAAAAUAUUCUGAAAAUAUCCCAAAAAUAUACCGAAAAAAUAUCGCAAAAAAUAAACCCAAAAAAUUUCCAAAAAAUAAAAAAAAUAUCCCCAAAAAUACCCCAAAAUUAUCCCUUAAAUAUCCCCAAAAUAUCCUGAAAUUAUCACAAAAAUAUCCUGAAAUUAUCAUAAAAAUAUCUUGAAAAUUUCAUAAAAAUAUCCCCCCCCCAAAAAAAAAAAAAUCCCCAAAAAUAUCCCGAAAAUAUCCCCAAAAUAUCCUGAAAAUAUCUCAAAAAUAUCCCCAAAAUUAUCACCAAAAAUAUCACAAAAAUAUCCCCGAAAAUAUCCAAAAAAUAUUCUGAAAAUAUCCCAAAAAUAUACCGAAAAAUAUCGCAAAAAUAAACCCAAAAAAUUCCCCAAAAAAUAAAAAAAAUAUCCCCAAAAAUACCCCAAAAUUAUCCC